AUGCGCAGUGAAGCCAUAUUUUCUAUUGCUACACUGUUAUUCUAUACAACAACAAUCAACUAUAUCUGUUGUUAUACAUCAUAUUCAAACGAUUUGAAAGCAUUAGAAAAUGCACUUGAUCUACUGCCUACUAGUUAUCAUCAACCAUUGCAGCAACGAAAUGUCCACGAUGGUGCGGAAUACACAAUCAAAGAAGCCGGUGUUACUUAUAGACAACGUUUAUCAAAGGAUCAAGAUGCUGAUGGCCAUUCUCUAUGUACGGUUGAAUAUGAUAAUCGAUUGUUGAAAGAAGAUGAAACGAUUGAAAUUAAAACAAAAUUUUAUAAAGUUGAAGAAUGCCACUUGAGCCGUGCUUAUCAUGCAUGUGGUCCAAAUAUUCUUCGUAUGUUAAAAGUCGUUUGUACAAUCGCCGAACAAUUUACCACAAUAAGAGUAA